AUGGAGAAGAUGAGCUGGCUGAGCAAACUGAACCCCCGAGCAGCAGCUGGGCCGAGGGCGAGCCGGGGUGCCAGCCUGCAGGGCCCGGUGAUGGCGGACCCCGAAACCUGCCUGAUGGUCUUCAAGAACCACUGGGCUCAGGUGCUAAGGAUCCUGGAGAAGCGCGGGCCCCACGUGGCCCCGGGGUCUGCGGAUGACCUGAGCGCCGUGCGCAACAACACCUACCAGAUGGUUACCCUGCUGGCAGAGGAGCGCCCGCGUGCCGAGCCGGCGAUGGGGCCCGUUUUGGAGUUUGCGGUCUCGGAGAACGUGCUGGAGCACCUGUUGGGCUGGCACCUGCAGCGGGAGGUGCCCGAGGAGCGCAAGGUGGAGCUGCUGAAGCUAUUCGAGAUGCUGAUCAGCCAGGCCCACCAGCCGCUCCUGCGCCAGAAGGCCGUGGUGGCACCCCUGCUGCGGCUGCUGGCCCUGUGCGCCGAGCCGGCCUCGCCCCUGCUGGAGACCAGCCUGGUGCUGCUGCUGAACCAGCUCUGCGUCUCCGUGGCCCGGGAGCCCCCGCUGCUGGAGCUCUUCUUCCACAGCCCCUCUGAGCAGGGACCCCCCCACCUGCUCCUCUUCUCCCUCCUCAUCCCCUUCAUCCACCACGAAGGGGUCGUGGGCCAACAGGCGCGUGACGCGCUGCUCCUGCUCAUGGCCGUGUCGUCCGGCAGCCAGACUGUCGCCCGCUACAUCACCGAACACUCCUACUUCUGCCCGGUCCUGGCCACGGGACUGAGCGCCCUGUACUCCUCGCUGCCCCGCAAACUUGAAGUCCGUGGGGACGACUGGCACUUCCUGCGCCGGGAGGACUGGAUCGGGGUCCCGUCCCUCGUCCUGUUCAUGAACUCCCUGGAGUUCUGCAAUGCGGUCAUCCAGGUGGCCCACCCGCUGGUCCAGAAGCAGCUGGUGGACUACAUCCACAAUGGGUUCCUGGUGCCGGUUAUGGGCCCGGCUUUGCACAAGACGUCCAUCGAAGAGAUGAUCGCCAGCACGGCCUACCUGGACCUCUUCCUGCGCAGCGUCAGUGAGACGGCCCUGCUGAAGACCUUCCUGCGGUUCCUGCUGCUCCAUCACCACGACAACAGCACCAUCCUCGACACGCUGGUGGCACGGAUCGCCAGCAACUCCCGGCUCUGCAUGGUCUCCCUCAGCCUCUUCCGGACUCUGAUCAGCCUCCACUGCGAGGACGUCCUGCUGCAGCUGGUACUGAGGUACCUGAUCCCCUGCAGCCACGUCAUGCUGAGCCAGAAAAGGGCAGUCAAGGAGCUGGACCUGUAUGGCAAGGCCGCUGCCAAGUUCCUCUCGCUGAUCCCUCGCUGCUGCUGCCCGGAGAGCCUGCCCGCCCCCGAACAGGAGGAGGAACGCGCAGCCUGGUCCAAGGGCCACGGCAGCCCCAGCGUGGACUCUUCUUCCGUGGUGACCGUCCCCAAGCCCUCCACGCCGUCUCGCAUCUCCUUCUUCACCCGCCAGUCCAGCUUCGGCAUGGAGGCCACCAGCCCCACGCCCCGCUCUCCAGGGACGCCCACGGGCAGCCCUGGCCACCGUCCCGGCAGGUGGGAGGAGGUCUCGGAGCUGGAAGGGAACUACCUGGAAUACCUGCGGGAUGCGCGGCUCAACAUUGACCACUGCGUCCGUGCCUGUCGCGUCUGGUCAGCCCCCUACGAUGGGGAGGAGCCCAAUGCGGGCAGCUUAGGUCCGCCUCCGGAUGCCUCGACAGCCAACACAUCCGUCCAUCCCAGGGGGCCCCCGCCAGACCCUGCACCUGCCUCCCCCCGGACUAAAAAGCGGGGAGCGAGCCUAGAAGGGGGCCUUGCUGGUCUUCCACCCGGCACUGCCCCACCUGCGGACACCAAAGACAAGCACCCGCUGCUUAACGGGGCCCACCUGGACGCUGGCAUCAAGAAGGGCCGCUGGUGCCCGCCUGAGAACCUCUUGGAGAACGGGUCGGUCCUGUCCCCCGGCCCUUGGGAGGGCGCCUCCUGCCUGGACUUGCCUGUGGCUGAGGGGCUGAGCCAGGCCCCCCUGGAGAACGGGGGGCCGCUGACGGUUGAGGAGUUCCAUCGGGAACUGUGUCAGCUACAGGACGAGAUGGCCAAUGGGGGCCGAGCCGAGGAAGACCCUGGGUCAGACCCGGCCCCCGAGCCUGAACCGCUUUCCCGGGAGGAAGAGGAAGCCUACCACCACUUCUGCCCCGAGGGCUCGGCCCCCGCCCCGCCUGCUGACCCCCUGUCCCAGAUCAUCAGCAGCCCCCCCCGGUCCUCGGGGCAGCCUCCCAGCCAGCCUUUCACCGGCCCCUUCCUGGGCAUCCUGCUGGCCAAGCUGGAGAACAUGCUGCAGAAUUCGCUCUACGUCAACUUCCUGCUGACGGGGCUGCUGGCCCAGCUCGCCUGCUACCCGCAGCCCCUCCUGCGCUCCUUCCUGCUCAACACUAACAUGGUCUUCCAGCCCAGCGUCAAGUCCCUCCUCCAGGUCCUGGGCUCCGUGAAGAACAAGAUCGAGGGCUUUGCGGCCAGCCAGGAGGAUUUCCCGUCGCUCCUCUUCAAGGCCAGGAAGUACCUGAUUGCCCGGGCCAGGCCGGACGGCCCCGACGCCACCAACCCCUUGCCUCCCCUGCGCCGCCCUGAGGCCCUCGUGAAGAGCCGGAAGCCCACCAUCGGGGAGCUGAUCAUGCGCCACACCAACAGCCCCACGCGGGCCCGCCAGGCCGCCCAGCUGGCCCUGCAGCACGUGCGCGAGGGCCAGGUGCUGCAGGCGCUCUCGGGCGGCUCCCUCUUCCGCAGCUCUGCCGAGAAGCAGAGCGAAGCGCUGCGGGUGAAGAACGGCAUCUACUGCGCGGUCGUCUUCAGCGAAUUCCUCAAGGAGCUGGCGGCCAUCGCCCAGGCCCACGCCGUCACCUCGCCCUUCCUGCUGGAGCCCCCCCCGGAGUGA